AGCGCAGAGUGGGCGCGUUCUGAUAAGCAGCUGUGGGCGACAGCUGGCAUCGCUGCGUGCUGGCGCCGCGCCCAAACAGCCAUGUCAGAGCGAGCACGAGCCCGCGAGCAAUUGGGAUGCCUCUGCGCGGUGAUGGAGCGAGCGCUGUGAGCAGAGCAUGGAGGUGGGAGGUCGUUGCUGGGCGCAUGCCGGGCCUCGUUGACGCCAUCUCGAGGCUGUUCUCUGGUGCGGGCGGCUCGGCAGACGCGUCGUUGCUGGCACACCGGAGGGACGAGGUACAGGCUACUUGGCCGGGGAGCACCAGCGGCAGCGCAGCAGUAGGCUGGCUCGACCUUGGCUCGUCCUUGCGCUGGACCGGGAGAGGAGGGAUACGCGAGGAAUUGGGAGGAGGACUUGCUGGGGGACUGGACAGGGCGACUGCGGAAAGGGCGACGAGCAAUGAGAAGACGGGACUUACGACUGUGCGGUGCUGGGCGGUACCUCUGAAGUCAACGAUGUACUGCAGAGACGGUGCGAGAGGCGAAGGAGUGGAGAUUUUUUGUUUCGUUGCUGGUGUUUGGCGACAGGCGCACGGGCAGAAAACGGGCUGGGGCUCGUGGCUCGGGGGCCCACUGGGCAGGCGGCCAGGAACGGCAAGGCGGUGUCUGUGACCAGGUGGAUGACUUGGGUCAAGUCGCGGGUGGCGGGGCCACUUGAGCAGUCCUGUCUGGCCUCACUGGCUGGGGAGGGACGGGGACGA